AUGUUUCGUAAAUCUAAAGUCACGGAGGGAACCUCUGCGGGCCAAGUGGGGUUCAAGAAAAAGUCUCGAGUCCCUGGGGUGAUGAUCACGCAGUACAUCGAGACGUUGCCAGAGGGAAAGACCCACCCAGACUUCACUCGGAAGCCAAUCGCUCUGACGAUCCAGGAGGGGAAGUUUGCAUUUUUCAAAGCCAUUGUGACUGGAGACCCCACACCCACUGUUACAUGGGUUCGCAAUAAUGGAGAUGUUUCUGAUACAACAAGAUACCAAUCCAAAUAUGAUCCAAAUUCUAACGAGCAUACUUUUGAGAUGCCCAACGUUCAGCCGGACCAAGCAGAUACGUACAAAUGUAUUGCCGUGAAUGAGUUUGGCCAGGCCUUUGUUGCAGUUGUUCUGAAUGUAAUUGAAGUUGGUUUUAAAAAGAACAAAGCUCCAGAACAAGUCCCGGAUAAGAUAACACCCGUCCUUAAAAGAACAAGCAAGAUCCGUCCAAAAUCCGAACAAACUGAAAGAAAGGAUGGCGAAAUAGACCCUAAGUUCUGGGAGCUCCUGAUGAGCGCUGACAAGAAAGACUAUGAAAGCAUCUGCAGAGAGUUUGGCAUCACUGACUUCCGUUGGAUGCUGAAGAAGCUGAACGAGAUGAAGAAAGAGAGAGAGGAAGAACAGGCCACAUUUGUAAAGAAUCUGUCCAACCUCAAACCAAUUAAUGUCAAUGUUGACGGAACUGCGUCUUUUGAGUUGGACAUGGAUCUGCUGGAACCAAGUAGCUCCAUCUUCAUCUACAAGGAUGGCGAGAUGGUCCCAUACACCAAGGAGUUGGGGGAGAAGAUGAAGCACAGUCUAAAUCAAGUGGGAAGAAAAUAUAUAUUUAGUAUGAGGGACCUGCUGCCUGACGACGCUGGACUGUAUCAACUGGACGUGGAAGGUGUUACUAUGUUUUCAACAGAAUUCAAAGUGCCAAUGGUGGAUUUCUUGGUUAAGAUCCAAGAAGUGAAAGCAAUGGAGAGAGAAGAUGCCGUUUUUGAAUGUGUUUUGUCAAAUCCAUUUUCCAAAAUAAACUGGUUUGGAAAAAAUCUCCCUCUGGAACAGGGAGAGAAGUUUGAUAUUGAAGUCUCCGAGGACAAGCUCAUUCACAGACUCGUCAUCAAGGACUGCAUGGUCGUCGACAAAGGAAUAUACUCGGCCUGCGCUGGGAUUAAGAGCUGCAACGCCUUUCUCAUUGUAGAACCUGACAAGAGUGUAGGGAAAGGGAAGAAAUCGGAGAGAAAAACGACCAGAGCAGGAGGAUCAGGCGUGAACCUGCAGCAGGUGGCCCAGGAGCAACAAGCCAAACUGGAACAACAGUGGGAGGAACGCAAAGAAAUCAUCAAACAAGCACAAGAAGAGGCAGCAGCUGCUCCUCCACCUGAGGCCCCCAAACCCAAAACUCCAGAGCCAGCGGCAGUCAAUGCCGGAGAGGCCAUCAGCUCGGCAAAUCAAGAUGCAGAAGCAGUGGGUGAGCCUUGUAUCACCGGAGGACUGUCUGAUACGUACGCACUUCGAGGAAGCCCUCAUGAGUUAAUGGUGACGAUGAACAUCGAAUGUGAGGGUGCCUGGUUCAAGGACGGAGAGCCGUUAUCCUCAGGUGGAGGAAUCACUGUAUUCAAAGAGGGAACUACUCAUAAAAUACGGAUUGCGAGUUGCCAAGAUGACGACUCAGGAGUUUACCGUUUUGCUCCAGGCGAACUCAGUACACAAGGGAAGGUCACAGUGGGAGAUGUACCUGAAUUCGACCCAGAUGACCUUCACAAAUUCUCCAAGCCAGUGGUGGUCCGUGUGGGUCAGAACGCUGCCUUUAAGAUGCCCUUCCCACCGCAGGAGGCGCUGGUGGUCAGCUGGUUCAAGGACGGCUCUGAAAUCAAAGAUGGCGGCGGAGUGAAGAUUGUGAGGGAGCCCAACCACAGUCGGUUGCUGUUUAAAGACUGCCUGAGAACCGACGCUGGAGAAAUCAAAAUACAGCUCAAAAACCCUUUUGGGGCAAUCGAGGCAACAUCUCGGCUCAUUGUGUUAGAUCGCCCUGGUCCCCCCGAUGGUCCGAUGGAAACUGUGGAAACCACCUCGACUGUGAUUGAAAUUAAAUGGAACCCUCCCAAAGACGACGGGGGCUCAGCUGUGACGCACUACAUCAUUGAGCGCCAACACGCCAGGCAGUCCCUGUGGACUAAGCUGGGCGACGUCUCUGCUGACAAGACCACCUUCAGGGACAGAAACGUCACUCAUGGGAAGAAGUACAACUAUCGCAUCUUUGCAGAGAACCCUGAGGGCAUGAGCGACCCGCUGGAGACAACCGACAGCAUUAUGGCAGGAGUGCUGAUCCUCUCUGGGCCGCCUGGAGCCCCAAUAAUUGUAAGUGCCACCAAGACCUGCAUCCACCUGACCUGGACUCCCCCUGAGGACACACGCGGAGUUCCCAUUGUGGGGUAUCUGCUGGAGAAGAUGAAGAAAGACACAAAUCAGUGGGUUGCCAUCAAUGCAGUCAAUGAGCCGAUUGAAGACAUAAAAAGUGCAGUGAAAGACAUCACAGAAGGAAGUGAAUAUCAGUUCAGAGUUUCAGCCAUUAAUGAAUCCGGAGCCGGAGACCCAAGCCCUCCUUCGGAAAUGGUGUGUGCAAAGAACCCCAACAUGAGGCCAUCUUUCAAAGACCCUUUAGAUUUCAUGGUCGUCAGAGCUGGCAAUUCAGUACGAAUCAAAAUUAAUUAUGAGGCUGAACCUCCUCCUACUAUCACCUGGCUGAAGGAGGAUGAGCCGAUAUCUCCAUGGAUUAAUGUUAUCAACACAGAAGGAAUGUCUCAGCUCGUCAUUCCAUCCUCGAAGCGCUCCGAUUCAGCUGUCUACACUAUUGUUGCCAAAAACUCUGUGGGAGAGGCUUCCUUUGAUGUCGAAGUUAGGGUUACAGAUGAACCAAAGAGUCCUGGUCCAGUGGAGAUACAGCAGACUGUACAUGGGAAACUGUUGAUCUCGUGGGCCCCCUCACCUGACCAGGAGCUGGACGACCGCCUGUACUACGUGGUGUCCCAGUGCGACUCAAACAACCGGAUGUGGAAGAAUGUGGCAGACCGUCUCUUCGCCAACAGCUACACGGCCAUCAACAUCGGGGCUGGGAUAGAGUAUCGCUUCAGGAUCUUCGCCAAGAACGACAUGGGGCUCUCAGAUCCGUCGCAUUCUCCUCCUUGGGGAGUAAACAACAACAGAGUUCCUGUUGCUGCAAACGGACUCAAUUCGUCUGAAGUGAGUUUCGAGAGACCACCCUCCAUAUUGGUUCCUCUCAAAGUCCACACCCCACCUAAGGGGUACCAACUCUUCAUGACGUGUGCCGUGAGAGGAUGCCCGACCCCCAACAUCUCCUGGUACCUGGAUGACAUCUGCAUCAACUCUGACAAUCACUACUACAUGACCAACUCCUUCGGCGUCUGCUCCCUCUACAUCCUGCGAGUCGGGGUCAAAGAUGGCGGCGAGUACAAAGUGGUGGCCGUGAACUCGUUUGGACAGGCAGAGUGCUCCACUAAGCUUGUUGUUAAAGAAUAA